UCGGAGGAGGGGGGGAAGACGGGGGAGGCCGGGGGCGGGAGGAGCCUCGGCCUCCGCCCCACGCCCAGUCCUCCUUCUGCGGGGGGCACCGCCCCCUUCGCUUCCCUGAGUUUUCGCCGCCUUUUUCCCGCGUCCCCACGCCUUCGCCGGCGUCACGAGCUACUCAAGAGGCCCGCCAGCCUGGUCCCUGGCCCGGGGUAUGCGCGAGCUUGGACGGCACGGUCUUGGAGCGCGUGGGGUCCACGUCAGGGCGCGGGCUGUCCCCAGACGUGCACCUCUCCUCUCUCUGCGGGGGCAGCUCGCACGUGCAGAGCUUCCCCAGUUCACCUGGAGUCACGGGCGUACAGCGUCGCAUUCAGUUCUGACGGCGGACUUCCGUGUAGUAGGCGGGUAUUGAUAGACCCGUUUUCCGGAGGAGGAAACUGAGACUCAGAUUAUGGAACUUGCCCAAACCGAAGCUCGAAGGACUCCAACGCUCUUUUCAUUAUAGACCAUCCUCGUGCAGUCAGAUGAGCCACAAGCAUAGGGCUGCUGCUUUUAAACUGAAAACAGAGACUCCGAGGUUACCAGAGUGGAAGAGAAUCAAUUUAAUGCAAGAGAAAGACCUCUCUCAUGGCAGUCGGCUGCCACAGGGCCCCACCUGCUGGUGGACAGCCACCUUGAGAUCAUGCCUGCGAUCUUCCGUUCCCCACCCUUGACUUCUCGACCUCUUGGGUGUUUCUUUGGCCUCUCGGCUGGCUGACCAAUCAUUGGACUGCACCCCGCAGUCCUGAAAGCCUUGUGGUUGCCCCACCUCAAGACCAAAGAAAGAGUCUGGAGACAAUGAUGGAGACCUCAGUGGUUUUUUGGACAGGAGUUUUGGGGACAGGGUUGGCGCUGGUCUUAAGCAAAAGGUCCUGGAGCAACAACCUGUGGAUUACAGCGGGCAGGCCAUAACAGCAAUCUUCCCCACUCAGGCUAGAAGGAGACUACUAUUUAUAGGGGGAAUUGAGGUCAGGUUGGCUGGUCAGUUACCAAGGAAACCAGCUGGGGCACAUCCCUCACAGCCCCUCAGUUAAGAACCAUCACGAGGGCAGAUGUUUCCUUUAAUAAAUUAGCAGGUGAGAUCAGCCAUUAGCUGGGGCAGGGGGCAAACCUGGUCACGUGCGUAGGGUGCAGGCAAAAUCGGGACUGGUCAAGGGACUUCCCCAGUUGUCCAGUGGCUGAGACUCUGAGCGCCUAACGCAGGGGGCCCGGGGUUCAAUUCCUGGUCAGGGAACUAGAUCCCACAAGCCACAACUAAGAGUUCUCAUGCUGCAAUGAAGAUGGAAGAUCCCUCGGGCCACAACAAAAGUGGCACGGCCAAGUUUUUAAAAGAAGGGACAGGUAGAGCAAGGGAAGAACAAAGAACAAGAGAACAGCCAUCUUGAAUGGCCUGACCAUAUACCCACCUUGGGGCUGUGUCCGACUCUUCGCGACCCCAUGGACUGCAGCCUACCAGGCUCCUCCGUGCGUGGGAUUUUCCAGGCAAGAGUACUGGAGUGGGGUGCCAUCGCCUUCUUUGCUGUGCAGAGGACCAGAAAUGACCCUUGAGGAGGGCCGAGAAUGGAAGAGUGCCGAGAAUGGAAGAGAAUGGCCCCCCUGGGAGUGUUGCCUGCAGCCUGGGGUGACAUGGAUGAAGGCUCUGAGUGGACAGACUUGGCUGGCUGCUGUAGCAUCCUUGGUGAUGUGUUUCCACACCUCCUGCAGGCCCAGAUGCAGCAGCCCAGGGCCCCGAGGCUUCCAACAGGAGCUCAAGGCCAGGCAGGAGAAGCCCUGUUCUGGGGCAGCCAUGCUCAGGGCUGACUCUGGGCCUGAGCCGGGCUUGGGCUCCUCCCUGUUCUGCCCCAGAAGGAAUAACUGAAGUCAUAACUUGAGCAUCUCCUGAGUGCAGGACUGCUGGAUGUUGGAGAUGCUGAGACAACUGCCCUUAUGAGCUUUUGGUUAACACUAGGGAACACGUGGACGCUGGAAGAUAAUAGAUUUGCCUUGAGACUGGAAAACUUUGUAAGGUGCUUGUCAUCUUUUCAUCCUCCCAUGGAAAGAGGGGCCCUUGCCUACAGAAACACUCCGAGGCCCAGAAGUGGAUCCAUGGCAAAAAGAUCAAAGAUGGGAGGGCCAGGCAAGUGAGGGAACGGGGCUGCCAGGGGCCAAAUCCCAAACCCUCAACACCCCCAACCCCAACCGACCCCCGCAGCAAACUUCCAAACUUCCAGAAAUUGGACCUCUGCUGCCCUCUAAUGGUGAAGCCCCCUUGUGGCUCAGACGGUAAAGAGUCUGCCUGCAAUGCAGGAGACCCGGGUUUGAUCCCUGGGUUGGGAAGAUCCCCUGGAGAAGGAAAUGGCAACCCACUCCAGUAAUCUUGCCUGGAAAAUCCCAUGGAUGGAGGAGCCUGGCAGGUACAGUCCAUGGGGCCACAAAGAGUUGGACACGACUGAUCGACUUCACUUUCACUUUUCACUUUGCCCUCUAAUGGAGGAAAGGAAGCCUCUGGAGCUAGCUGCUGGGGCCCCACCAACCUGGGUCCCCUAAAAAUGGGGGCUAUGAAGGACCUUCCUGCCCCAGACCUUCUGUCUCCCUGGAGUCUUGACUUUGAUUUCCCACAGCCUCCGAAGCUCCCUGGCUGCCCUGUUCCCAGACCGCCACCCUCCGUCCUGCUGUUUCCCCAGUUCCCUUUGUUGCCCAUGUUCUGAUUCUGGUGCCCUGGUUCCUGGCCCUGCUGGAGUUCUGGUUCCGGAAGGCCUUCGCUGGCUGCCUCGGGCAUGUCCUGCAUCCGCCAGCGCCCGAGGCAAAUGGACAUCCGCAAAGGUGUGGUGAGCCUGGCCACAGGCGCCGGGGCCGUCUACCUCCUCUACAAGGCCAUCAAGGCCGGCAUAAAAUGUCAGCCGCCCUUCUGCUCUGCCUCACCCAUCUGCAUCGCCCGCCUGGCAAUCGAGCGAGAGCGACGCGGGCGGGACUCAGGUGAGCUCCGGAGGCUCCUCAACUCUUUGGAGUGCAAGCAGGAUGCGUACACCAAGAGCAUGAUCCUACACAGCAUCACGCGCUGUGUGUACUUGCUGGAGUCCGAGGCCUCUGCUUGUACUCAUGAUGACAUCACGUUGGUGGGCUCCAUGCUGGAUGACAAGGACAACAGUGUCAAAAUCCAAGCCCUGAACACACUUAAAGCUUUCUCUGGCAUCAGAAAAUUCAGGCUCAAAAUCCAGGAACACUCCAUCAAGGUGCUGGAACUGAUCUCCACCAUCUGGGACUCAGAGCUGCACAUUGCAGGCCUCAGACUCCUCAACAACUUCCCACUGCCUGACUUUGUGCAUCCACAGCUGCGACGGGUGAUGCCUGCCUUGAUGGAGAUCCUGCAGUCGGACUAUAUCCUGGCACAGGUGCAAGCCAUACGACUGCUGAGCAGCCUGGCACAGAAGAACGACCUUCUCUACGACAUUCUCAACUGCCAGGUGCACUGCAACUUCCUGAACCUGUUCCAGUCCACACAGCCUGGGAGUCUGCUGUUUGAGGUCCUGGUGUUUGCAGAGCGGUUGAGUGAAGGCCGGAGUUCACCCCACUACCGCGCCGUGAAGUGGCAUUACAACGAACAGUCUUUACAUGAAGCUCUCUUUGGGGACGACUCACGACUGGCAGACCGGCUGCUCGCCUUGGUCAUCCACCCCGAGGAGGAUGUUCAGAUCCAGGCCUGCAAAGUCAUAGUCAGCCUGCAGUGCCCCCAGGAUGUGGGAAUCCGGCCUUCCUGCCCACCCAGUCAUUCCUGCUUUAAUAACGGGGAAUAAAAUUACGGAGAGCC